AUGAGAGUCCUCUGCGUCGCUGAGAAACCCUCCAUCGCGAAAGCUGUUGCAGGCCAUCUCUCAGGUGGUCAGGUUCAAAGCCAUAACACGCCCGAAAAGUACAUCAAGAACUAUGUUUUUGACUACGACUUCGGACACCCCUGGGGUCGUUGCCAUGUUACCAUGACUUCUGUCCUUGGUCAUCUCACCUCGGCUGUAUUUCCUGCCGAAUAUAAAAGAUGGGAAAACCCGCCUCCCGAGCGCUUAUUUGACGCGCCUGUGAACAUAAUCAUUUCCGAGGAUAAAACUAAGGUGGCGGACAAUAUCGAGAAGCAGGCACGCUACGCCAAUGCUCUAUGCAUCUGGACGGAUUGUGAUCGUGAAGGCGAGCACAUAGGCUAUGAAAUAUGCGAGGCCGCUAGAAAGGGCAACAGGACUCUGGAUAUUAAGAGGGCCAAGUUCAGUAACAUCGAGAGAGCGCAUAUCUUGAACGCAGCCCGAAGCCUUAUAGAUCUCGAUCACAAGCAAGUCAAUGCCGUAUCUUCUCGAAUCGAACUGGAUCUUAGGAUAGGGUACGCCUUUACUCGGUUUCUAACCACAAAUCUAAGGACUUUAGGAGGGCCCUUCGAAAAACUUGUAUUAAGCUAUGGGUCCUGCCAAUUCCCAACAUUGGGAUUCGUAGUAGACCGGUACUUCAGAGUGAGGAAUUUCAAGCCAGAACCAUUCUGGAGCAUCAAAGUCAUGCACAAACGGGAAGGCAUGAAUGUCAAUUUCGGUUGGUCACGCAAUCGCCUUUUUGAUAGAGCAUCGACUAUCGUUCUCUACGAAAGAUGCCUUGCGGCGAAAACGGUCAAAGUGACCAAGGUCCAGGAGAAGCCAACGAAGAAAUGGAAACCUCUGCCGCUGACCACAGUAGAACUGCAAAAGAUGGCUACUAGGUUUUUGCAUAUGACGGGUCAGCAGGCGAUGGAAGCUGCAGAAAGCCUUUACAACAAGGGAUUUAUCAGCUAUCCCAGAACGGAAACCGACCGUUUUGAUUCUGGUAUGAACUUACGCGCAUUAGUACAGAAGCAAACGCCAUCUAAUUCGUGGGGCGAGUUCGCACAGAAUCUAGUCAAUGGUGGAUUUCAGCAACCGCGGCAGGGACGAAAUGAUGAUAAAGCGCAUCCCCCGAUACACCCCAUCACUUACGCGGCACCUACAAUCCUCGGCGAUAAAGAAAAGAGGGUUUACGAAUUUGUCGUUAGACGAUUCUUAGCAUGCUGCUCGGAGGAUGCUAAAGGUGCUGCUACAGACGUCGACAUUUUAUACGGCGAGGAAUCUUUCCACGCUCAUGGCGUCGUUGUCCUAGAGCGAAAUUAUCUAGAUGUCUACGUGUAUGAUAAGUGGACCGGGACUGGACAACUACCAAAAUUUACAGUUGGAGAGCUUUUUGAGCCUACUGAAGCUCUCAUGACGGAGGGCAAGACUGCGCCUCCUAAUUAUCUUACUGAAGCUGACCUGAUUGCUCUCAUGGAUGCCAACGGGAUUGGGACAGACGCUACGAUGGCGGAGCAUAUUCAGAAGAUUCAAGAUAGAGAGUAUGUUUGUGCUGUAUCCCGGACCACACGAGCAGCAGACGGUGAGGAUGAAGAUGAAGAUGCCCCAGCUGCACGAGGAGGGCGAGGUAGUCGCGGCAGUCGCGGCGGUCGAGGUCGAGGUGGGGGAUCUGCGGCUAGUGGGAGGGGAGGUGUAAAAGAAUUCAUCCCGACCAAACUGGGUGUAGCUUUGAUUGAAGGGUUUGAUAGGAUGGAGUUUGAUACCAGCCUUGGCAAACCAUUUUUACGAAAGGAAAUGGAGUUGAAGAUGAAAGCCAUUUGCGAAGGCCGUACAACAAAAGAGGUAGUUCUAAACGAGAGCAUUCAGCAAUACCGCCAGGUCUACUUACAAUCAAAGGAGAAAUUGAACAUCCUUAAAGCGGCAUGCCGGCAGUAUGUCCUCCAACAAAAUGGCGGCUGA